CCAGGCUAUCUAGCUCCAGGCAGGACACAAAGCACGCACUCUGCUCUCCCUGCAUAUCUUGCUAGCAGCUCACAGAGUCAGACGACGAUCGAGCACCAUGGCUGCAAGAUGCAGCGGCGGCGGCAUCGCUCCCGUACUGUUGCUCCUGGCGCUGGCCGGCACCUCGUCAGCGCAGCUGUCCACCGGCUUCUACUCCAGCUCCUGCCCCGGCGUGUCCAGCGCCGUCAAGUCCGUGGUGCAGUCCGCCAUCGACAAGGAGAAGCGCAUGGGCGCCUCCAUCGUUCGCCUCUUCUUCCACGACUGCUUCGUCCAAGGUUGCGACGCGUCGCUGCUGCUGGAUGACACGCCCAGCUUCCAGGGUGAGAAGAUGGCGACGCCAAACAACGGCUCCGUGAGAGGCUUCGAGGUCAUCGAUGCCAUCAAGUCCGCCGUCGAGAAGGUCUGCCCCGGCGUCGUCUCCUGCGCCGACAUCCUCGCCAUCGCGGCGAGGGACAGCGUCGUCAUCCUUGGCGGGCCGAACUGGAACGUCAAGGUUGGGAGGAGGGACUCGACGACGGCAAGCUUCAGUGGAGCCAACAACAACAUCCCACCGCCGACGUCGGGCCUCGCCAACCUGACAUCCCUCUUCGCCGCGCAGGGACUCUCCCAAAAGGACAUGGUCGCGCUCUCUGGUGCUCACACCAUAGGCCUAGCACGCUGCACCAACUUCAGAGCCCACGUAUACAAUGAAACCAACAUCGAUGGCGCCUUUGCAAGGACUAGGCAAUCAGGCUGCCCUAGCACCUCAGGUACAGGUGACAACAACUUGGCACCUCUGGACCUUCAAACCCCGACCGUCUUUGAGAACAACUACUACCGGAACCUUGUUAGCAAGAAGGGACUUCUGCACUCUGAUCAGGAGCUCUUCAACGGUGGAGCCACCGACGCGCAGGUCCAAUCGUAUGUUAGUAGCCAAAGCGCAUUCUUCGCCGAUUUUGUGACAGGCAUGAUCAAGAUGGGUGACAUUACACCUUUGACGGGCUCCAACGGGGAGAUUAGGAAGAACUGCAGGAGGAUGAAUUAAUGAACCAAGAUGGAAUGCGCUUUGUCUUUGAGGCUUUUUUUCUACGUUCAACAACUUUAAUUUUUGUAGCCUUUCUAAAUUUUUGUUUCAACAAUUAAUUGUGAAAUCACUGUGUUGUGCCGAUGUGUUCACAUGCAUGUUGGUUCAUUUAAAUAAUGAUGAAUGUAUCACUUGUUGUCUACA